CUCCCCAACCGCUUCCCCUUCUCUCCUGCGCACAUCCCUCUCUCUCUUUCUUGGUUCCUUGCGCAUCAUCAUCGGCUUCAUCCAAGCCAUCGUCGCCGCCUCCGUCGACUUCGCCCUGUGCACAAGAUCGACCGCUUUCCUCUAACGCCAUCGAUUUCGCCGCUGCCAUUAAGAUCUGAAACUCUUGUGUUAUGCCAUGGACGGUGUCGCCAGUGUGGGAAGCGGCGGCGAUCAGGGGGCGGCGAUGAGUGGAAAUGAUGGGCCGUCAAGGAUGCGGCAGCAGGCGGCGAGGGCGGCAACGGGCGGCACAUUCACCGGCGAGGGCGGCGACGGGCGGCACAUUCACCGGCGAGGGCGGCGACAUACGGCGUCGUCUCCGGUGAGGGCGGAGGCAGGAUCCGGCGGCGGGCGGUUUGGCUCUGGCGGUGGCAGUGUCACUGCUAGGGUUUCAAUAGUUUUUAAUUUUACAUUUUUAAAAUUUAAAAUAUUAGAAGAGGGGUAUUUUAGUCUACUACUCUGAAAAUGGUCCUAUGAAACAUAUGGUUCGUUUAUAAUCCUAAAUGGGCAAUUAACUUUGCUAUUAGUCCUAUUUGAGGCAUUAACUCAAAUAAAUACUCCUAGUAAUGAGACACGUUUUGACCGGGAUUGUAACCGCAGUGGUG